CCAGAGCAGUCCUCCCUCCCUGGAUGACGAAUGGCCGGAUAACAUGGAGUCGGGCAAGAUGGCGCCUCCCAAGAACGCUCCGAGGGAUGCCUUGGUGAUGGCACAGAUCCUGAAGGAUAUGGGAAUCACAGAGUACGAACCAAGGGUUAUAAAUCAAAUGUUGGAAUUUGCUUUCCGAUAUGUGACUACAAUUCUAGACGAUGCAAAGAUUUAUUCAAGCCAUGCUAAGAAACCUAAUGUUGAUGCAGAUGAUGUGAGACUGGCCAUCCAGUGUCGUGCUGACCAGUCUUUUACCUCUCCUCCCCCGAGAGAUUUUUUACUGGAUAUUGCAAGGCAGAAAAAUCAAACCCCUUUGCCACUGAUUAAGCCAUAUGCAGGACCUAGACUGCCACCUGAUAGAUACUGCUUGACAGCUCCAAACUAUAGGCUGAAGUCCUUAAUUAAAAAGGGACCUAACCAAGGAAGACUAGUUCCACGGUUAAGUGUCGGUGCUGUUAGUAGCAGACCUACCACACCUGCUAUAGCGACCCCACAAACAGUGUCUGUUCCAAAUAAAGUUGCAACUCCAGUGCCAGUGACAAGCCAAAGAUUUACGGUACAGAUUCCACCUUCUCAGUCCACACCUGUCAAACCAGUUCCCGCAACGACUGCAGUUCAAAAUGUUCUGAUUAAUCCUUCAAUGAUUGGGCCAAAAAAUAUUCUUAUUACCACCAACAUGGUUUCAUCACAGAACACAGCCAGUGAAUCAAACCCACUGAAGAGGAAACAUGAAGAUGAUGAUGACAAUGAUAUUAUGUAAGGGAUAUAGUCUAGUCUAGAUGCAUUUCAAAAGGGUAGUUGGUUUUGAGCCCAGUAUACUGAACUAGAACAUUAUAGAUCUUCUCAAGUUUUACCUUACAACACUUAAACAUAGCUGCAGUAUUUUUCACAUUACUUAAAACUGUUUGAUUUCUUUAGUAAGACUACAAAUGUUUUUUCAUUAGGCUUCAAGUACAAAAAGUUGAGUAAUUAAUAGUUUCAUUAAUGUUGAGUCCUACGGUGGCAAUUCUGUUUUUGGAAGCAGUUUUCUGCCAUGUAUCGCUACCAGCAGCGCUUAAGUUUCAGGUUCUAUAUAUAGCCAGGUCAGUGGACUAAUCUUUAACAGCAUAAUUUCUAAUCUACUAUUAAAUACUACUUUUCUUUGGUAAAGUAAAAUAGUCACUUUUAUUGUCACUAGCAUUUUUGACUAAAUCUUUCAAUUUCGGAAACAUUAUUUGGAAAGGAUGGAUUUAGAGGGAUUCUAAAUCCAUUUUGAAUCUAUUUGUUUCUUGGUCUUCCCUAACCUCCCAUCUCCUCAACUCCCUUUCUAGAUGCCAUUUGUUUUCUGCACCCCCUCCCAUAGGUUUAAGUUUCUCCCCAUUAUUUUUAAAUUUAAAAAGCCACAACUGGAACUUCUAAAAUAUUAUUCAUGAUAAUACAGCUUAGUGUCAUUUUCAUAUUUUUAAAACAUGCUCUUCAUGCCUGAUAUUCUGUGGUUCACUUUAACCUGAAGGUUUGCAUUUGCUCUUUGGUUUUCACUCAGUACCAGAACAGUUGGGAUUUAUCCCUUGAUUUUUACGCCUAUUGUGUUUUACUGCUUUUGACAGGUAGUUUUGAGUCAGUCACAUUUAGUUUCCAUCUUGUAUUUGAAGUUGAGAACUACACCAUAGUUCACAUUUUUAAAUUUAACAGAGAUACUACUAUAGCUUAAAAUCUGCUUUGGUAAGUAUUUACACUGGACCUAGGCAAAACCACUGAAGAGCAAGUGUUUUCUUCCUUUAUACCACAUAUAUUUGCUUUGAUCACUACUGCUUGAAUCAUACUGUUUUUCUAGGAUGUUGCAGAGGAUGUCACACAUAAGAUGGGAUCAAACCUCCUUCCUCUAUAAGGCCAACUAGGAAAACAAAUUAGAGUGAUGUGACUUGCAUUUAGGUACACUCUGCAUAGGUUUCCAAGUAAUGUUUUAAUGUUGCUAAACACCGUUCCCUAUUUUCCAUUUAUACACAUCUAAAAAUCUUAUUUGGAAAGAUUGCAAAGCUUUUAAGAAUAUAAACCUGUUCAGGUUUUGUUUAGUUAAGUAAGUUCGACAUACUCAACAUCAGAAUACUUCUGCAGAUUUUUCUAAAAUAAAUUUUUGUAUCAUAAUUUAGAAUCUAUAGUCAAGGAUCCUCAAAACUUAAACAUAAGUUCCAUUUUAGGAUGGUGCUUGAUACAUCUGAGAAAUAGUCCAGUAACAGGGAAAUGUCUCAUCACAGUUUGUUUUUGGAUAUUAGGGAAAGAUGAUACACAACUAUAAAAACGGAUCUGAUCAACAUCUUGGAGAAAUGUUCAUUGUAGCGUAGGAUAUCAUUACUUGAAUGUUCUCAGGGAGGCAUGUCCGAAGACCUAGGUUCUAGUCCUGGCUCCAUCAUUUACCAACUGUGUGACCUUACUUCACCUCUGAGCCUUGUUCUCUUCACUACUAAUAGGAAUAUAACCCCUACCUAGCCUACCUCACAGGGAUGUUGUGAGGGUUUAAUUGGUAUAUGUGAAAGUUCUUUCAAAAUUGUAAAAUGCUGUAUAACUAUAAGGAAUUAUUAUUAAUGUAUUUGUUCCAAGGUUAUUAAUAAAAAAAUUGAACUUG